UUCUGCUGCUUGCACGUCGAUCAUGGAGUUCAGUGGCACGCAUCGGGCGUUCUGCGACCGCUGGGCCAAAACAGAUGACAACAUGUGCAGACACAGCAUGUCCUUCCACCUGCACAACACGCUGAGGCAGGAGUUCUUCGCCAGCUACCUAUACCUGCUGGAGAAGACCCCUCUGGUAAAACUGUAUCCAGUGACCUGCGAGUACAUCAAGGGGGAGAAGCAGUUCUAUUACCGAGCCCAGAACUUCUACCAAGGCGUACCAGCGUCAGAGGAGGGCAUGAUGGGAGAUUUCGUGGCGAUUUCGGAGGUGGACCUGGAGGGCUCCAGACAGUUUCUGAAGAAGUUUGUGGGUCCAGGAAAGGCUAGUACCAAGCGAGCACUGGACUGUGGCUGUGGAAUUGGACGGGUAUCUAAAGGAGUUCUGUUCCCUGUAUUUGAAACCAUGGAGAUGCUGGACAUGAUGGAGGACUUUAUUCUUCAUGCGCAUGAGUGUUACUUGGGUGACUAUGCUGACCGUGUGGAGACCUACUAUGUCUACAACUUGCAGGACUUCAUCCCUUUACCCGACAGAUAUGAUGUCAUCUGGAUGCAGUGGGUAGCCUGUCAUCUGACAGACAAAGAUCUGAUGGAGUUCCUGACCAGAGCAAAGGAGAGUCUGAGGCCCAACGGGGUCAUCAUCAUGAAGGACAAUAUGGCACGGCAGGGCUGCAGGCUGGACCCUGUCGACAGCAGCAUCAUCCGGCACCUGGACAUCAUGAAGAGCAUUAUCCAGAAAGCUGGUCUGACCAUAUUGGACGCGGAGAAGCAGGAGGGCUUUCCUGAGAUCAUCGUGCCUGUUUGGAUGAUUGCCAUGCACUAAGUCUCUGGUGGUAACUUUAAUUGAGUUCAGUUUGAUUCCAGACCUGGUUUUCUGGAAAUACCAUGCAGACUGAGAUCAUUGUAAGAAAACAGAAAUGAUGUAUUUGAUCUGCUCCUUUUAACAGCUGUAGUAUUUUUGGAAAAUGUGUGCAAGUUCCUAAUUUGAUUUGAAUCAAGUUCAAUUCAGUUUAUUUAUAUUCGGUUGGCUGGAAUCAGUUCAAUUGAAUUCAGUUCAAUUUAACAUAAACGCACAUGAUUAUUUUUGUUUUAGAGCGAGGCUCGAGAAACGAACCAGCCAAAACAUUAA